ACGGAUCUGUGGGUGGCGCCGCGACGCUCCCUUAUUUGACUUUUGUUUUUCAGUUGGGUUCCGCGACUCGGAGGCAUUUUGUGUGGUGUGACUUGACAGCAUGAACUUCACCCCGACACGUACUCCUGUCUACACAAAUGAUCGCACCAGGUGGCAGGGAAUGGCGGACUCAGUGGAGUCAACUCCCUUGCCUUCUGUCCAAGAUCGUCUGGCUGUCCUCUGCCCAUCUCAGGAGCUUCUGGCGUAUUAUCAAAAGAAGAUGGCUGAGUGUGAGACAGAAAAUGAGGACCUACUGAAGAAACUGGAGCUCUACAGGGAAGCUUGUGAAGGACAGCAUAAACUGGAAUGGGAUUUGCAGCAGAGGGAGGAAGAGAUUGCUGAAUUGCAGAAAGCGCUGAGUGACAUGCAGUUGUGCCUCUACCAAGAGCGGGAACAUGUUUUACGCCUCUAUUCAGAAAAUGAUCGGCUGAGAAUCAGGGAGCUAGAAGACAAGAAAAAGAUUCAGAAUCUCUUGGCUCUUGUGGGAACAGACACUGGAGAAGUGACCUAUUUUUAUAAGGAGCCUCCCCACAAAGUCAGCAUUUUCCAAAAGACCAUCCAGACUGUAGGUGUGGGUGAGCAGAAUGGAUCUUCAGCUUCCACUGCAGAUCCUAAAGUAAACAAAAAGAGACCAGCAGUGAGGGAGAAAGAAGAAAGUUCUGAGCAGAACCACAGAGACUUGCAGACACUCACGCUGCAGGUGGAAGCCCUGCAGGCUCAGCUGGAAGAGCAGACCAAGCUUUCUAAAGACCAAGUGGAAGGGCUCAUGGAGGACAGACGGAUCCGCACCGAGGAAAUCCAGCUUCAGCACCAGAGAAAUCAGGACCGAAUCAAAGAGUUAACCCAGAAUCUGCAUCAGACCCACGAGCUGCUCUAUGAGAGCACUAAAGACUUUCUGCAACUCAGGUUUGAAAACCAGAGUAAAGAGAAGGAGUGGAUGCUCGAAAAGGACCGUUUGCUGUCAAAGAUUAAAGAAUACAGGGCACAGUGUAAGAAGAAAGAAGAUAAAGUUGGAAAAGUCCUGCCGGUUUUCCAUGACGGUCAUCAUCCUCAGAAUGAAUAUAUUAAGUCCCUAAAGGAUAAGUUAGCACAAGAGCAGAAGCUGUCCACCAUGUACCAAGAGCAGUGCAUCUCCCUGGAGGAAGAGCUGGCCCGGCUCCGUGAGGAGGAGGGAGUGAGGAUGGAGAUCUUCAAGGAUCGCACCAACAAGAUGGGGAAGCGGUUACAGGUGAUGACGAGGCGUUACGAGGCCCUGGAGCAUCGACGGGUCUUGGAAGUUGAAGGCUUCAAGACAGACAUUAAGGCACUCCGACAGAGACUCAAAGAUCUGGAGCAAAUGCUGUAUAAGGCAACAGUGAACGCCCGAGCAAACCAGGAUCUUGCCAUUCUGUGCGAAGUGCGUAACAGCAAUAGACGGGCCCACAAGUUGCAAGGGGAGCUGAAGAGCCUCAAGUCCAAGGUGUUUGGCCUGGAGAAUGAGCUGAGACUCUGCUGAUGACCCCGGAUGGGGAAAGGAAACACCGGAUCCUCGCAGAGUGUAGACUUGGAGUUCCGGCAGCUGCUGUUACAGAGACUGGGUGAAGAGUCAAGGGCCUUUCCUCGCAGCCUGAGCACCAUGCAUGCUUUCCACUUGCAGUUAACUGGCCUGAGGGGUCUGGAUUAUAACUUGAAUCACUGGAGAUUUUCCAAGUUUCUGGUUUUGUUUGUUUGUUUUUAAGAUGAUGAUGAAAACUCAGGAAGAGGGUAUUUUUGUCAGGAACUUGACUGAAAGUCUCAGGGAGGAACAAAAUCAAGGCAACCCCCUCGGGUUGCAUUUCCCAUAGGCAAAAGGAAAAAAAAUGCAGCGAAUCACCACUUGUCGAAUUUGGAUGGUCACUGGUAAUUCCGGCUGUAACUGUCCAGGCGCUUCCUUAACAGGCAUGCCAAUCACAGAGUGUCACCAGAGGGCACUAGAGACCCUUCUCUAGAGGAAAAUGUUGCUCUGAAAAAUUAAAGGUAACACAGUGAGUGAAAUUAAAGUGAUCUUUGUAAGAAGAGUCUCACAUUUUAUGGGUAACAUGAUUGCUUAUUUUUAAAAGUAUGUAUUUUAAAAUAAACUUUUCAAUAA